UUCUUCCAACCAUUUUAUUUGACACCGUGACAGUGUUUAAUACUAAAUUGGGUUGUUUUUAAUAGCAUUCUUCCAAGGGAUACCAUUUUAGUCGACACCGUGACAGUGUUUAAUACUAAAUUGGGUUGUUUUUAAUAGCAUUCUUCCAGGGGAUACCAUUUUAGUCGACACCGUGACAGUGUUUAAUACUAAAUUGGGUUGUUUUUAAUAGCAUUCUUCCAGGGGAUACCAUUUUAGUCGACACCGUGACAGUGUUUAAUACUAAAUUGGGUUGUUUUUAAUAGCAUUCUUCCAAGGGAUACCAUUUUAGUUGACACCGUGACAGUGUUUAAUACUAAAUUUAAAGUCACAGACCCUAGUUUUAAAUUCAACCUGUGAAAAUGGACACUACGUUUACUUAAUUCAACCUGUGAAAAUGGACACUACGUUUACUUAAUCUACAAACUAUUAACACAUUUGGAUAAAGUUAAAGAUGAAGAGUGAAACAAAGUUAUGUAUGUGACGUUAAAACGUAGAAAUACCCUCAAAAAUAGAUUAGAGCUCAUUUCAUUAACAAUUAAUUGUCAGAAGUAGAUGAGUUUUUUUUAAAUAUGAAAAAUAUAUUUCACUGUAUUAAAAAACACUUGGAUUACCAGAAACAGGUCAGAUGUAUGGAAAUGGAUAACUUAAGUAAUAAAAUUAAAAAUAAUGUCAAUCAUCAAAAACAGCUCUAAUAGUGGAAAAUAUGCCAUAGUCUCUGUGCAGAAGCCAAGAUACCAGCAUUUUCUAAAGGUAGUACUAAACCAAAUACCUUCCAGCUGGGUCAAAGUUCGAGGUGCAGCGAACUUUUGAUAGAGAAGUGAACACCACAAGUCCUGUGAUUGGUGAUAAAUGUGUGAAGAUGUCUGGUCUAGAGGAGCUUGGCAUCACAGGGGGUGACUUCUUACAGGAAGCACUGACCAACUGUUCAGAUCCAAUAGCAGCCAUUGAAGAAUUUCAGAAUGAAAACGGUGUUCUGUUGCCGUCUCUCAAACCGGCUCUGCCGUUCCUUGAUCUACAUGGAAUUAGACGCUUUGAAUUUCACGAAUCCACUCUGGAACAGCUGCGUGACAAGUUGCUCAGCCGCAUCGCUGAAUUAGCAAACAGCGGAGAGGAGAAAAACAUGUCAGUUUUGGGAGAUUUACUUGGGAAAUGUUUUCCUGUUAUAAAGGUGAAGACGGUUCGUCCUGUCGUUAUGUGUAUUCUCAAGCACAUCCCCAACAUCAAGGAAGAAUACUUAGCGCAGAUUCUUGACGACAAAGAACUUUACGCUGAAGCAGCUACAGAGGUCAAACGUCAGAUCUGGCAGGACAGUCAGGCUCUGUUUGGCGACGAAGUUUCGCCUCUGCUUCAGCAGUACAUCACAGAGAAAGAAACCUCGCUUUUCAGUCACGAAAAUAGUUCCAUGACGUUUUUCCUUCCUUCGCCUCGGACUCGACGACAAGGCGAUGUGGUUCAGAAGUUGGUCAACAUGAUUGGUAAGAAUGUGAAGCUCUACGACAUGGUGCUGCAGUUUCUGCGCACCCUGUUUCUGCGGACUAGAAAUGUUCACUACUGUACGCUACGUGCGGAACUGCUGAUGGCUGUACACGAUCACGAGAUGAAUGAGAUUUGCUCGGUGGAUCCCUGUCACAAGUUCACCUGGUGUGUCGACGCCUGCAUCAGGGAGAAGAUUGUUAACGCUAACAGAUCUCGGGAGCUUCAAGGAUUUCUCGAUGGUAUCAAGAAAGGACAGGAAUUUGUUUUAGGAGACUUAUCUAUGAUUCUCUGUGACCCGUAUGCUCUGAACACAAUAGCAUUAUCAACAGUAAAGUCUCUCCAGCAUUGUAUCAGCAUGGAUAGUCUUCCCAGGGAGAACCAAGAGUUGCAACUACUGGUUAGAAUGAUGGCGCUGGGACUCGGGGCAUGGGAUAUGAUAGACAGUCAGGUCUUCAAAGAACCAAGAUUGGAUAUCACACUGUUCACCAAGUUUAUGCCUGACAUUGUUGGAAUGAUGGUGGACGACCAGAUCCGUUCGGUAAAGUCCAAAUUGGAUGAGCCGAUGCCCGGAUUCCAAGUUCCUUCAGAGCUGUACGCCACUCACAUCAAGAACAGUUCCAUUGCUUCUGUGUUUGCCAUGUACUACACACUGCAGGUCUCUAGACACAAAGACAAGAUGGCCAUUUUACAAAUGCUGCCGACGCUGAUUCACUGUGAGAAUGACCGCGUGUACGAGGACACGUUUCUCCACUCGAUGGUGUCACACCUCAUACAGAUGGCCGACGAGUUCGCCAACGAUGAUUUCUGCAUCUGCGUAUUUGAUGACUUCUUAUUGACAGGUUUAUCGCGUGAGAGUGUUCUGCGUCAUCUUCUGCGACUUGUUUGGUUUGUCCAUCCCAAGUUGUCACAAACCAGGCUUGACCUGCUGUUGGAGAUAAUGCAUCCAAAUAAUGAACACAGUGAUGUUGUCCACAGCACUUUCCAGCAGCUGUCUGUGAAAAUAUCUACUUAUACACCGAGCCCAGUAGCUGCCCCCGAACAACUAGACUCUCCCCUGAUGAGUGUUCCUGCCCCCACACCGGGGAUAACCGACAAAGUUUAGUUACAGACUCUUCUCAUAACUCAGUGAUGUUGUCAGACAACUAGACUCGCCUCUGAUGAGUGUUCCUGUCCCCACACCAGGCAUAACAGACAAAGUUUAAUUACAGACUCUUCUCAUAACUCAGUGAUGUUGUCUGACAACUAGACUCUCCCUUGAUGAGUGUUCCUGUCCCCACACCAGGCAUAACAGACAAAGUUUAAUUACAGACUCUUCUCAUAACUCAGUGAUGUUGUCAGACAACUAGACUCUCCCCUGAUGAGUGUUCCUGCCCCCACACCGGGCAUAACAGACAAAGUUUAGUUACAGACUCUUCUCAUAACUCGGUGAUGUUGUCAGACAACUAGACUCGCCUCUGAUGAGUGUUCCUGUCCCCACACCAGGCAUAACAGACAAAGUUUAAUUACAGACUCUUCUCAUAACUCAGUGAUGUUGUCUGACAACUAGACUAUCCCUUGAUGAGUGUUCCUGUCCUCACACCAGGCAUAACAGACAAAGUUUAGUUACAGACUCUUCCAAUAACUCAGUGAUGUUGUCAACAACUAGACUCUCCCCUGAUGAGUGUUCCUGCCCCCACACCGGGGAUAACAGACAAAGUUUAGUUACAGACUCUUCUCAUAACUCGGUGAUGUUGUCAACAACUAGACUCUCCCCUGAUGAGUGUUCCUGCCCCCACACCGGGGAUAACAGACAAAGUUUAGUUACAGACUCUUCUCAUAACUCGGUGAUGUUGUCAACAACUAGACUCUCCCCUGAUGAGUGUUCCUGCCCCCACACCGGGGAUAACAGACAAAGUUUAGUUACAGACUCUUCUCAUAACUCGGUGAUGUUGUCUGACAACUAGACUCGCCUCUGAUGAGUGUUCCUGUCCCCACACCAGGCAUAACAAACAAAGUUUAAUUACAGACUCUUCUCAUAACUCGGUGAUGUUGUCAGACAACUAGACUCGCCUCUGAUGAGUGUUCCUGUCCCCACACCAGGCAUAACAGACAAAGUUUAAUUACAGACUCUUCUCAUAACUCAGUGAUGUUGUCUGACAACUAGACUAUCCCUUGAUGAGUGUUCCUGUCCUCACACCAGGCAUAACAGACAAAGUUUAAUUACAGACUCUUCUCAUAACUCGGUGAUGUUGUCAGACAACUAGACUAUCCCUUGAUGAGUGUUCCUGUCCCCACACCAGGCAUAACAGACAAAGUUUAAUUACAGACUCUUCUCAUAACUCAGUGAUGUUGUCAGACAACUAGACUCGCCUCUGAUGAGUGUUCCUGUCCCCACACCAGGCAUAACAGACAAAGUUUAAUUACAGACUCUUCUCAUAACUCGGUGAUGUUGUCAGACAACUAGACUAUCCCUUGAUGAGUGUUCCUGUCCCCACACCAGGCAUAACAGACAAAGUUUAGUUACAGACUCUUCCAAUAACUCAGUGAUGUUGUCAGACAACUAGACUCGCCUCUGAUGAGUGUUCCUGUCCCCACACCAGGCAUAACAGACAAAGUUUAGUUACAGACUCUUCUCAUAACUCAGUGAUGUUGUCUGACAACUAGACUAUCCCUUGAUGAGUGUUCCUGCCCCCACACCAGGCAUAACAGACAAAGUUUAAUUACAGACUCUUCUCAUAACUCGGUGAUGUUGUCAGACAACUAGACUCACCUCUGAUGAGUGUUCCUGUCCCCACACCAGGCAUAACAGACAAAGUUUAGUUACAGACUCUUCUCAUAACUCAGUGAUGUUGUCUGACAACUAGACUAUCCCUUGAUGAGUGUUCCUGUCCCCACACCAGGCAUAACAGACAAAGUUUAAUUACAGACUCUUCUCAUAACUCGGUGAUGUUGUCAGACAACUAGACUCGCCUCUGAUGAGUGUUCCUGUCCCCACACCAGGCAUAACAGACAAAGUUUAGUUACAGACUCUUCUCAUAACUCAGUGAUGUUGUCUGACAACUAGACUACCCCUUGAUGAGUGUUCCUGCCCCCACACCAGGCAUAACAGACAAAGUUUAAUUACAGACUCUUCUCAUAACUCGGUGAUGUUGUCAGACAACUAGACUCACCUCUGAUGAGUGUUCCUGUCCCCACACCAGGCAUAACAGACAAAGUUUAGUUACAGACUCUUCUCAUAACUCAGUGAUGUUGUCUGACAACUAGACUAUCCCUUGAUGAGUGUUCCUGUCCCCACACCAGGCAUAACAGACAAAGUUUAUAUGAAGCAUUUGAAGACAUAUGAAAUGAGCUUGACAACAUUCAUAAGAAAUGAGCUUGACAACAUUCAUAAGAAAUGAGCGUGACAACAUUCAUAAGAAAUGAGCUUGACAACAUUCAUAAGAAAUGAGCUUGACAACAUUCAUAUGAAAUGAGCUUGACAACAUUCAUAAGAAAUGAGCUUGACAACAUUCAUAAGAAAUGAGCAUGACAACAUUCAUAAGAAAUGAGCUUGACAACAUUCAUAAGAAAUGAGCUUGGCAACAUUCGUAGGAAAAUGAGUUUGGCAACAUGUCUGUGAAAUGAGCAUGACAAUAUUAAUAUAAAAUCAACUUUAGAACAUUAAUAUGAAAUGAGGUUGGUAAAAUUCGUAUGAAAUGAACUUAACAAUAUUCUUGAACCAACUCUUUCAACUCCAUGCUAGAUGUAGAUUCUGGAACUUGUAAAUACCGAGUCAGGUAUCUAGCUACAGGUCCAUGGCAAGAUAACAUUGAAUAUCAGUUGCAUUUCACUUCAGCAUUCAACAGUGUCUGAUGUAAUAAUAAGUCAAAAGUCUGCAUCAACAGGGUGUGGGGAUCUGACACCUGAAACACCCCCUCCUCUGCAUAUGCACCUAUCAUUUUUGCCAAUGCAACUUCAAUAAAAGACUCCAUGACAAUUUUUGACAUGAUCAAACAAACUUUGUUAAAAUUUUCUAUGAAUACAGUGAAACCUCUAAAAACCGGACCCUCUCUAUAAUGGAAUUCUCCCAAAACUGAACAUUUUUCACGAUCCUUUAAAAAAAAAAAUCAGUACAAAACUUAACCUCUCUAAACUGGAUACCUUUUAACAUCAGACAUUUUACUUGGUCCUGAGGGUGUCCGGUUUAGAGGGGUUUCACUGUACUUAUUGAUUAUAAAGCUGAUUAUAUUUUAUUGAGAUGUGUUCUCAUUCUGUCCAGCAACUGAAUAUUAUUGUGAAGAAAUACCACAAGGUAAUAGAGGCAUUUAAAAUGCAAAUGCCAAAUAAAGGUAUUUUAGCUGAA